AUGCCUAGCGAGCAAAGUCCCGCCCUCGCCAACUCUGAUGGCAUUGAUCUCAACCGUCACCACGUGCGCGGCACUCACCGCACGGCUCCCAAGAGCCAGAACGUGUACCUGAAGCUUCUCGUCAAGCUGUACCGCUUCCUGGCCCGCCGUACCGAUGCCAACUUCAACAAGGUCGUCCUCCGCCGCCUGUUCACGUCCCGCAUCAACCGCCCUCCCGUCUCCCUGUCCCGCAUUGCGGCCAACAUCAAGGAGGAUGAGAAGCGCAUCGUCGUUGUUGUCGGCACCAUCACCGACGACAACCGUCUCCUGACGGUCCCCAAGGUGACCAUCGCCGCUCUGCGAUUCACCGCCACUGCCCGUGCCCGUCUGGCUGCCGCCGGCGGCGAGGCCAUCACCCUCGACCAGCUUGCCCUCCGCUCCCCCACCGGUGGCAACACCCUGCUGCUCCGCGGCCCCAAGAACGCCCGUGAGGCCGUCAAGCACUUCGGUUUCGGCCCCCACAGCCACAAGAAGCCCUACGUCGCCUCCAAGGGCCGCAAGUUCGAGCGUGCCCGUGGUCGCAGACGCUCCAGGGGUUUCAAGGUGUAA